AUGAGGAGGCUGACGAGGUGGGGUUGGGAUAUUCCGAGGGCAGGGUGCCCUGUGGGGGCUCGCAAAGUCUCUCAGGCGAGGGAGAGUCAGCCCCUUCCUUACCGGGACAUCCCGUCGACCGGAGGGAGCGGCUGGGUCAACCUGUACCGGCUGUGGCGUGACAGGAACGUCGGUAACCAGCACCUGAUCAUAAACCGAAACUUCCAGCGGCUGGGUCCCAUCUACAGAGAUAAACUGGGAACGAGGGAGAGCGUCUACAUCUUCUACCCCGAGGAUACGAUGGCUCUGUUCCAGUCAGAGGGAGCCAACCCGGAGAGGAUGAUUCUGGAGGCCUGGCUGGAACAUCGGGAAUAUCGGAAGCACAAACGAGGCAUCUUCCUAAAGAACGGCGGAGAAUGGCGCAGGGAGAGAAUGGUGCUGAACCCGGAGGUGAUCGGGCCCGCGGCCGUCGGCAACAUCGCGUCCCUGCUCGAGCCCGUGGCCCACGACUUCGCCCUCCUCGUCGACCGGAAGGUGCAGACCGGCAGCUGCACCGAACCCAGCAACGUCCUGCCCGAUCUCUUCCGCUUCGCCCUCGAGUCCAGCUUCCAUCUGCUCUACGGGCAGCGGCUGGGCCUGUUUGGGGACGUCGACAUGAGACAGGCGGACCGCUUCAUCUGGUCCAUCGAGAAUAUGUUGAAGACCACCAUCCCUUUGCUCUACCUACCCCCGCGGCUGGCCCGCCGGCUGGGUCUCCGGGCCUGGAAGGAACAUGUACAAGUCUGGGACGACAUCUUCGAACACGCCCACCGCUGCUUGGAGGAGCUGCAGCGGAAGAUGCAGACCGUCCCGGAAGCUGAGCGCGGCUACUCGGGGAUCCUCGGGGAGCUACUGGCCCGGUCCGGGCUCCCGUUCGACAUCAUCAAGGCGAACGCAACGGAGCUGAUGGUCGGCAGUGUGGACACGACAGCCCACAGCAUCCUCUUCACGCUGUUUGAGCUGGCGCGAAAUCCAGAACUUCAGGAAGCCCUCCGCCGGGAGGUCACCGAGGCACACCGGCGAGCGCAGGGCGACGUGUGGACCCUCCUCCGCAACGCGCCGCUCCUCCGAGCAGCCAUCAAAGAGACCUUACGCCUCUACCCCGUUGGCCUCACUCUUCAACGCUACCCAGUUACGGACGUCAUCAUCCGGAACUACCACAUCCCUGCCGGGACCCUCGUACAGGUGGGGCUCUACUCGCUGGGCCGGAGUUCGGAGAUCUUCUCCGACCCCGGCACCUACAACCCAGCCAGGUGGCUGUCCGCUGGUUCCCACAGCUUCCAGGCCCUGGCGUUCGGUUUCGGAGUCCGGCAAUGCAUCGGCCGCAGAGUGGCGGAGACCGAGAUCAGUCUCUUCUUGAUCCAUAUCUUGAGGAAGUUUCAGAUCGUCACCCCCUCCAGUGCAGACAUUGAGCUGAUCUACGUCUUCAUUGUGAUGGUGAACAAUCCCCCUCUGCUUGCCUUCAGAGCCCUCCCGGGGUAG